CCCUCUAAGUGCUAGAACUUGGUAUUGAGCCGGGGAAACGAUCGUUCAUCCUAUAGAGCCUAUCUCAGGAACUGACCCAGCGAGCCUGUUUCCGUUAUAACUUGCUGUUGCUAUCCAUAGAGCCACACCAUCCUCUCCGUUCCAGAGCACUCGAUGCCAGAGCAGAAGAAGAGAUCGAUACAGGUGAACCCUUUGGACGUUACUGAGUCUUUGGGGUACACGACUUUCAGAAGGGACUCGCGUAAGCCGUGGACUAAAGAGGAGGAUGAGACUCUGAAGCAGAUUAUUGGAGGGAAGUUAGUAGCGAUGGGUUAUGCAGAAGGACUGGAAGCGCUGAAGAAGACGGACUGGAACUUCAACGCCAUGGCCUUGCCCCAGCAGAUCGACUGGGAGGAGAUCAGCGCAAAGAUAAAGACCAGGAAGCCCAAGGAUUGCCGUAAGAGAUGGCUGAACUCUUUAGAUCCAACUCUUCGCAAGGGUAAGUGGACGCCCACUGAGGAUAAACAGCUUAUCGAUGCCUUUGCGAUGUACGGUUCGUCAUGGCAGAAGAUCUCUCUAGAGAUCCCGGGAAGAACAGAUGACCAAUGUGCUAAGAGAUAUGUUGAAGUUUUAGACCCGAAUACUAGAGAUAGGUUAAGGCCAUGGACUGAGCAGGAGGACCUGAGCCUGAUACGAAAGGUUAAAGCGUAUGGAACUAAGUGGAGGGCCAUUUCCGCAGAGAUGGAAAGCCGUCCCAGUCUAACAUGCCGUAACAGAUGGAGAAAGAUCGUUACGGAUGUUGUUCGUGGAAAGGCAAGUGACGACGUCAAAGAGGCCAUUGAUAGCAUCCAAGGGGGGUUGUCGAAAGUUGAAGAGAUUUCAGAGACGUUGAAGAAGGACGUGAUCGCCAAAAAGGCACAACAGACUUUGGAUAUAGAAAGUGCACCAUCAAGGAGUAACAGCACCGUGGAUACAAGAAAGAAGAAGACCAGAGCACCCACUUUGAAGGCCGCUAAGGUACCUGUGGAUUACCAAAGACCACCAUUGGGCCCUCCAUCAGUGCCAUCUGUUGAGGAAAAUACAAAUAACGUCAGCAAUCAGGCAACCACUCAAGUGGAUUGGAAAUUUACACUCAAGGACUCCUCUGGGUUUUCGGUUUCAAGUGGCGUCAUAGCCAAUACCGAACUUGCUACGCAGCUUAUCGAAGCUAUAAAGCAGAACGAUCUCAAGAUAUCUAUUCAUCAACAUAUCCACCAUCACUACUCGAGCACACUACACAAUUCAGGUAAUGGAUAUUCCGUGAGUUCAAAGCAAGGUGGAUCUGAGGACUCAAACUCCAACACGUCUGGAAAUAAUCUGUAUAGCAACAGUAACAACAACACCAAUGAAGAUGGUCUCAUACCGAACAGAUCGACACAUUUCAACUACUUGCCUCCUAUGGUUCAACCUCAACUGGGAAGCUCAUCACAGGUUAGCUCAAAAGAGAGCGACAUAUCCAAACUACUGAACCCUCAUCCACAGCAUAGUCACCACAACCACACACAUCAGCAUCAGCAUCUCAAACAGCACCAGCAACUUCCACAUCAUCAGCAUUCACUAAACCAUCAACAGCAAUUGAAUAAGAGAAGGUACUCAGCUUCUAGUAAUGAGUCCACGCGCAAAAAGGAGCGUCGUCUGUCAUCAGAAAGACGUGCUGCUGCCAAUGAAGAGUACUAUGAGGAACUUGAUGGCGAGGUUGACUUCUGGGAGAAGAUGGGUACGCUGUCAGGCAUGCCAACGAACUACCAAAACGAUAUUAUGGAUACCGAGGAGAAUGCAAAAUUCAGCAUGAUGUAUGGCGUGUUUGCCGAGGAGGAAGAGUACGAUAUUGAGGAGCUUGAAGAGGAAUUAAGAGGCAUUGCUGGUAUCUUACCAUUCAAUCCUUCAUGAGGCACUACGGCGUAUCGACGACAAAGAAGAACAGGGGAGAAACUAGGAAUGUUGAUAGAAUUAAAAGUCAUUUUCUCUCAAAGUAAGCGGACGCGUUCAUGAAACCUACGCUGGUAUCGUAGAUGUAUUCACCGGCCCCAAGGUACUUGUCAAAGUACUCCUGUGGCUGAGGACCGAACAGGUCCUUCUUUGGUGCCAGUCCGGUGUUUCUCUUCACACCUGCCAAGAUAGUGGACACCAACAGGAGAUCAACAGAGUAAUGAACUGCUUUCCCUACCUGUACAUCAACAGCGUACCUGAUCUGUUAGUGGAAGCUCCAGAGCACCGCUACUCCAUCCUAUCGCAUUUCUUCUCGAUAGGUUGGACUCAUCCAUAGUUACAUACAAACGACAUCUCUUUGGAACAAACAAGGAAGCGUAAAA